CCCGAGGACAUCCCCUGCAAAGGCGGGGUGACCCUCAGCAGCACCGGGCCUUGCUUCUCGGAGUGGGGCGCCGGCGGGGCCCCACGCGGGUCCGUGGGUCUGUCGAGUCACCUUCGGAGAAGCGUCUGCUCUCAGGCUCUGUGGUUGUCACCGGCACGGUGGCUUUGCCUGGGGUGAAAGGACAGCCGGACACCCCUCCAGCAUCCUCCUCCGGCCAUGGGAGAAGCAUCGACUCAUCCGGGUGGGGACUUCAGCCAAAGGGGACCCGCGGCCGCCAGCAGACCCACCGGCCUGGGGACCUCGGACCUGUCCCCUCUGCACUCCUACCCCCGGGGGAGAGGGCUGCCUUUCUUCUUACCCUGCGCGGACCUGCGGGGUUUUUUCCCCUUCCCCAGAAAUCCCUGAAGAGGGUUCAUAGCACGAGCAUGGGGUUUAAAUAGCCUAGAAGGAAAGGGUGGGCUCGUCAGGAAAAGUCUCCGGAGACAUCAUCUAGGAAAAAAAAAGAGAUUUCCCUUGGCUGUGUAGGUCCCUGCAAAGCCCUGCCAGGUUGUGAGGGUUGGUCUCCUUCAGCUCUGAGGCACUGGGAUGAGAUCUGGGCUGUCCAACCCCCAAGGGCUGCAGUGCUAGAAACACCAGAUCUUCAGGUCCAAAAGCUUCUGAGACACCUCAUGCUGGUGGUUACCCUGGGGGUGCAGUGGAAGGGGCCAGUCCUGCUUUUCCUGAUGACACGGUGUUUCUGCUGCAUGCAUGGAUCGUUCCUGUUGAGCCCAGCCUUGACCUUUACUCGGGAGCACGUGCACAGCGGUUCUUGCAGAGCUUACAGGAAUUGGGGUUGGAAAUCAGGAAGCAAGCUGUGACGCUGGGUCUCGUGCCCACAGAAAGGCGAGUCCUGCUGUGAGGAUGCAGCUCCCCAGCCCUGUGGCUGGGGCUCAGUCCCCCAUCCGACGGCAGCGGUGUCCUCACCCUGGAUUUGGGGGACGAGAGGAGCAGUGAAGUGCCUGACCCCCGUGCUGCUGCGGUCCCAGCCUGCCUGUUCGCUGCCCUCCCUGCCUGAUGGGGCGAGCACUGGCAGAGGACCCUCCUCGAGGCGGCCGGCUGAGCCCAGUGCAGGAGCACUAGUGGGACGUGGAUGGUGGCGUGUGCCACCCUAGGAGGGACAAUGGCUCAGGGCACCGGGAGCAUCAACAGCGACUACAAGGAUUGGGAGUGGAGCACCGAUGCCGGGGAACGAGCCAGGCUCCUGCAGAGCCCCAGCGUGGAGACGGUGCCAAAGAGCGGAGAGAGCCAAGGAAAUGGUCUGGGGGCCACGUCAGCUUUGGGAGCUGUCUUCAUUGUGGUCAACGCUGCCCUCGGGGCUGGGCUGCUCAACUUCCCCGCCGCUUUCAGCAUGGCUGGCGGCGUGGCCGCGGGCAUCGCACUGCAGAUGUGCAUGUUGAUCUUCAUCAUUGGAGGCUUGGUCAUCCUGGCGUACUGCUCACAGGCCAGCAACGAGCGGACCUACCAGGAGGUUGUGUGGGCAGUCUGCGGGAAGGUGCCUGGCGUGCUGUGCGAGGUGGCCAUCGCUGUCUACACCUUUGGCACCUGCAUUGCUUUCCUCAUCAUCAUCGGAGACCAGGAGGACAAGAUCAUUGCUGCUCUGGUGACGGAGCCUGAGGAAGCUGGGAGCAGCCACUGGUACACGGACCGCAAGUUCACCAUCAGCAUCACUGCCUUCCUUCUCAUCCUGCCCCUCUCCAUCCCCAAAGAGAUCGGCUUCCAAAAAUAUGCCAGCUCCCUAAGCGUGAUUGGCACCUGGUACGUCACGGCAGUCAUUAUCAUCAAGUACAUCUGGCCUGACAAGGAGCUGGUGCCUGUGGAGAUCCCCACCAGCCCCUCCACCUGGACAGCCGUCUUCAAUGCCAUGCCCACCAUCUGCUUUGGGUUCCAGUGCCACGUGAGCAGCGUGCCCGUCUUUAACAGCAUGAAGCAGCCAGAGGUGAAGACCUGGGGGGCGGUGGUGACAGCGGCCAUGGUGAUCGCUCUCUUCGUCUACACGGGCACUGGCGUCUGCGGCUUCCUGACUUUUGGGGCUGGUGUGGAGCAGGACGUCUUGCUCUCCUACCCCUCCAAUGACAUCCCCGUUGCCCUCGCCCGGGCCUUCAUCAUCCUCUGCGUGCUGACAUCCUACCCUAUCCUGCACUUCUGCGGCCGGGCUGUCUUGGAGGGUCUCUGGCUCCGCUACACUGGGGUGACAGUGGAGGAGGACGUGGUUCGGGAGCGGAGGCGGCGCCUGCUUCAGACUAUCAGCUGGUUCCUCCUGACCCUCCUCCUGGCUCUCUUCAUCCCCGACAUCGGCAAAGUCAUCUCUGUCAUUGGGGGCUUGGCCGCCUGCUUCAUCUUCGUCUUCCCAGGGCUCUGCCUGAUUCAAGCCAAGCUCUCUGAGAUCCAGGAAACCAGGGCAAUCAGCUGGUGGGCCCAGGUCAGCUAUGGGGUGUUCAUGGUCACCCUUGGAGCCUUCAUCUUUGGACAGACCACUGCCAACGCCAUCUUCGUGGAUCUCACAGCCUGACUCCUCCUCCAGGCUGGACUGCACUGCUGCUGCUGAGGGGAUGCAGUUUUCCUCUAGGACCAAAGGGAAGUGGGGAGAAAACACGUUGACGUGUUGGGAAGAUCCAAAAGGAGCGUUGUAAUCUGGGGCUUGGCUGAAAGAGCCCUGUGGUGGUUUGUAUCUCGUUGUCUUAACGCACCAGGCGGUCAGGCUUCUCCUCUCAGCCCUGACUCCCUGGUGAAGCCAGAGCAUCACUGCAAGGGGACCUGUAGUCCAGGUCAAGCCCUUUCUGCCCUGCCAGGGUAGACAUCACUACCUUAGACAUCACUAAGGGGUUGCAGUUGGGGUUUGCGAAGGCAUGCUGCUCUGAUCCAUCUACCCCUGUGCUGGUGGAGCUCCUUUCCACAGCUUAAACUCCUUCUUCUCCCAACAUUGGAGGGAGACAGUGCAUCUUGCAUAAUGGGAGCUAGUAAUCAUGUUUAUCAGACAGGGUGACAACCCCCUAGUCCUCUUCUGUGUCAGUGUUUGGUUCGGUUUGAACUCCGCUUUCCCGUGGCCCAUCUCACCGGUCUCCUACCCUUACUCUUACAUCUCCCUCCACCUGGGCUGCACUUUCUGUUACAAAGUGGGACCGUCAUCUUCAGCCUGAUUGGUCAGGAGGAGCCCGGGGUAGGGACAGACCAGUGCAAUGUUUCCCCUGCCAGGGGUUGCUCGCUCACUAGAGAAGGUGCUGUGGCUGCAUCGACCUACUGGAGACACUACACUAGAGCAAAGCUCUUCUGACAGUUUCCAAUCCUGUUCUUCCAGGAGGUGUCCAGGGAAUGGGAUUGGGCCAGGUGUAGGUUUUAAGGGAUGCUUUGGGGAUAAAGCAGUCAGUAUUAAUCUGGUUUAUAUUGUACCCUUGGUUGUUUACACUCUCUGUGGCUGGUGUUGCUCUGGUCAGUCCCUCCGUUGCCUGUCUGGAUGAUAGUUUCACCUUUUCUUUCUCUGAGUUGAGCGGUUGCCCCAGCUGCAGAUUCAGUUGAGGGUGUUAAACUUCAACAGCAAACUGCUCUUGUUCAGUCCUUGAGUUCUCUUGUUUCUUGUUUGGCUUCUAAAACCCUGGGGGAGUGAGGGAGGGAGGAAUUCAUGUGUAUCUAUCGCUGCAUCUGUGCUGAGGGUCCAGCCCAGCUUUGUGCACCACCGGGCUUUGCCCCUCCUGCACCUUCUGGAAAAAGCCCAGGCUGUUGUGGUGGGAAGGUGAACCAUGGUGUGCUUCUGUACUUCUCACCAUGGCGCUCUCCCUCUGUGACCAGCGGUGGUGGGUGGGAGGACAGCAUGUGGGUGCUUCUCCACAUGGAAACGUUUGGUCUUUCCCUACCAAUGCUUGAGGUGUGUAAAUGGGGACCUCACCGCCACUCCUCGGGAUGCGAUGAGGAGACCCAGAUGGAGAAGGAGGAAGAAAAGCCCCAAGCACAGCAUGAAUGUUUGAGGGAACCUGUGAAGGCACGAGUCCCUUCUGCCUCCCCCAAGGUGCCUCCAACCUCCAUGCCCUCAACUUUUGACAAAACCAGGCUCCAGCAAAUCCCCCAUUCAUAUGGCGCUGGCUGCCUCUGAAGGCCCUUUGCCCGGCUCCUGCCUGAGAGCAGGCGCUGGGCCUUGGGGGAACCCUUGGCAUAAAGAAGAGGGUGCCCACCCCACCGCUACCCCACCCUGCAGAUCGCUCCUCCUGGACGUGGGGAGCACCGAGCCACCUCCCAUGGAGCCCAGCAGAGAUGCUGGAGGCUCAACAGAUGCCAAUGCCGAGAUGCCUUUCAGUGGCCAUCCCCCAUCAAGAUGGAGAAGGGUUUGGUGCCUGGUGGGUUUUGUGGCUUUGGCUUUCCCAAAGGUGUGCUGGGCACGAGGCGGUCCUACGGCCGAAGUGGAGGCAGACACAGUGUCCCACAUCUUUGGUUGUCACCCAAGGAGCCGCUAUACUCCCUCAAUGCCUCCCAGGGGGUCCGCAUGGCUGAGGGCAGGGGGGUACGGAGGUGCUGCAACCAUUUCUCUGUUUGCCUUACUGCUCCCCUGUUUACAAACACCGGCCUUUUUAAAUGUAUUUUCUACAUGCAGAAAGCGGAGGGACCUCGACUCAAUAAAAGUGACGUUGUGGUGCGUGCA